UAUUUCAUGAGAUUUGCAUUGCUAUCCAUUCAAGCCUCUGCAUAUUCUCAACCCUUCUCUUCUUCUUGCUCCAAUAACUUCCACCGGAAAUUUCUCCAGAGACAUAAAAUCAUGGGAUUCCGUCGUCCAAGUGUAACUCAUGCAAAGAAAAUUCUUCGGCGGUCUUUUUCAAAUUCAAGUCAAGGUGGUUCAUAUAAUUUAGCAGAUGUCCCAAAAGGUUAUUUAGCGGUUUAUGUUGGGGAGAACCAGAGACAGCGGUUUGUCAUUCCUAUAUCAUACCUCAACCAACCUUCAUUCCAAGACUUGCUAAGUGAGGCUGAACAAGAAUUUGGAUUUGAUCAUCCAAUGGGUGGUCUAACAAUUCCCUGCAGACAAGAUACCUUCAUUGAUAUUAUUUCUCAGCUUUGAAUUCAUUGUGAUUACGAGUUGCGUCACAUUUUUGUAAACCAAAGUUUUUCUUCAUACUGUACAAAUACUUUUCCCUUUUGUGAGUGCGAAAUGUACUCUCUGAAGGAUGAUGUGAAUGAAGAUUAUAAAUGUGGAUAA